AUGCCUCAACAUUCGCCCUCUGCCAUCCGGCCCUUCCGCCAUGACACAAAUUCCUCAUUCACCGACGAAUCAUCCUUUCACUAUACCGAGCGUGUACCUUUUUUGACGCAGGAACAGACCUUUAUAACGUGCCCCAAUCUCGAAGAUGGUUCUUUCUCAGAUUCCGCCACCGCCUCCGUCAGCCCCGAUGCCCUGAAGGGGCCCACCGUCACCUGCCUUGAAACCCCAUCUUCUUUCGAUCACCGCAACUCCAGUUUCUCUUCCAGAUGGCGCUGGACAGAGACCCUACCGGUGUUGAACCAAUUGUUUGGUGGGGGUCGUACGGUGGUGCAUAAAGGGCACGUUGUUGAAAGAGGCUCAUUACACAAAUCCAUCCCGACCACACCGCUCAGGAGAGUGCUACGCCUCCUGGCCCUGACACUGAUGUUGUUAGGAAUUCUUGAGUUCAUUGCACUCGCUUGCGGCCUCGUUCUAUCCUUCUUCCCCGACGACGCAGACGACGAAUUCGACGGCUGGAAUCCCUCUCAACACACCUCUAGUGAGCUGGGCCAUUGGCCCACCGAUUUCUCUGCCGACGUCCAUCCGGUAGCCUGCCACUCGCACAAUGAUUACUGGCGCAAAGAACCCUUGUUCUCGGCCCUUGAAGCCGGUUGUACAGGCGUGGAGGCGGAUGUGUGGCUCUAUGAUCAAGACUUGUAUGUCGGACAUUCCACAGCGUCUCUGACACCGGAGCGGACGCUCCGCAGCUUGUACAUCAACCCGUUGGUGAAGAUUCUAGAUCAACAAAACCCUCAGACACAUUUCCAUCCGUCGCUGGACAACCCUCGAAAUGGUGUCUUCGACACCAGGCCCUCUCAGACCCUGGUCCUCCUGAUCGACUUCAAAAAUGAGGGUCACAGGAUCUGGCCACAUGUCUCUGCACAGCUCCAACCUCUCCGAGAGCGGAGACUCCUCAGUUACUUCAACGGUUCCGGCGUGGUCGAAGGGCCCGUCACCGUGGUGGUCACGGGGAAUGCGCCCUGGGACGAGGUGGUAUCCAACCAGACAUAUCGUGAUAUGUUCUUUGACGCACCCCUCGACUUGAUGGGAAAGCUGACUGACCCCAAUGAUGCUGCCGAGACACCCAUGGAUACGCAGAGUGGUGAGCUUGACAGGCGGUGGGGUCAAAAUCAGGGCCAAGGCCGGUCCGGUGCCGCGCCUACGCACCCUGCAGUCUACUCCCAAGCCAACUCGUACUACGCUUCUGUAUCGUUCAACGCCGCUGUUGGCUGGCCCUGGCGUGGCAAUCUUUCUCGCCGUCAACUCGAAAUGAUGCGGAAGCAGAUUGCUGGGGCUCACGCUCGUGGGCUCAAGGUCAGAUACUGGAGCGUACCCAGUUGGCCGAGAGGAAUGAGAAAUUAUCUCUGGCGGACAAUGGUCAAAGAAGGAGUGGACUACUUGAACGUGGACGAUUUGAAAUCCGCGGCCUCGGGCGACUGGAACUGGGAUAAAAGAGGGCCUUGGUUCAGUGGGCCGUGGAGAUUUUGGCCGUCCAAGGCGGCUGCAUGA